AGUUCCACUAUGGUGGAUGGGAUUCUGUGAACUGUUAUAUUUUCUUGAAAUUUAUCGCUUUAGGGGUAAUUUCGAGGAUAUGGACAAAAUAGAAGAGCUGUACUUUAAAGCUUUUACCUACAAUUGUUUUAAAGAGGUUUGUGCGAAAGAAAUUUGGUGGUCACUUAAAAACUGGCUACAAAUCCCUGAAACUUCCACGAUAGAAAAUGCAGUAGUGGAUACUUUACUACUGGCUAUGACAGUGGUUCAAAAGCUUUAUCAGCGGUUCGAAACUGUUCAUUGCCCAUAUUUAAGAGUCAUUACUAAUGAUCUAGUUUCCAAAUACCACUUAUUCGACUGUCUGUUAGAACUUCUGGGCGACAGCAACCAAUAUGUUGUGUUCUCUGCAACGAAGGGGAUUGUGCUUAUUUUUCAAGUAGUUUCCAAGCAAAUUAUCAAAGGCGAGUGGUUUCUGAAACUAUUUAAUUUCGGAAAAGAAACCGAGUAUCCUUGGAAAAAGCUUUAUGUCAUGGAAAUGCUUCAAAAGAUUAUUAGAAACGCACGGGAGACACCAAAGAAUCCUGAAAAUUAUCAGCAACGGGUAGAAGGCACAGGGGGUAAUAACUGCUCCUGCACUACUGCCCAAAAUAAUUUGACAGAUUCUAGGCUUUCAACUAAUGAAUUAGUGGAGGUGCUUUUGAGGAAUGUCAAUUUGCAGCAUAUUUUGUUCCUUUAUGUUCCUUUUAUUGUGCGACCCAAUGGAAUACACUCUUUUAUGAAGAACUGUCAAUGCAUAGGGCUAGCUGAAGACUUAAUUGUGCUCCAGGCAAGUCUGAAGUUAGGAGAUGGCAUCCAUGAACAAGAAAAUAUGAAGAAAGAAGCCAUUUUUGGAGCAAAAGAGAAGAACCUAGUUGCCUUUCUUCACAGUAUGGCAGAAAUUGCAAAAUAUGUGAAUUUCAAAUUUGCAGCACAUCUGAGUAAGUCGAGAGCUGAGUUGAAAAACAGUAUUAAAGAACAAAGUUCUCUCCUGAGGUCCAAAGGAUUUGGAUCAACAGAUUGUAGCAGACAUAAAGCAGCCAAACUGUAUGAAUGGGACUCCAGUGAUGUCUAUGCAACAAGAAAGAUGCUUACUGAUGCAAUGGAUGAUACUGUCAAUCAGCUUUGCAUUGUUGCAUCAACAUUGACCCAGUACCUUCACCAUCCAAGACUUCCACCAUUGAUUUUUAAAAAGAUUUUGGAGAUUUUGUACCAUGUCCUAUUCAUACCAAGCUUAGUAUUGUUUACACACGAAAAUAAAUGCGCCAAAUUACACAAAGUCUUAAGAAGCCCUUCAGUCUCUUUCCUGAGUGUUGUUGAGUGUUGUCUCCUUGCUAGAAUACCCAGGGGCCCAGGAACUGUGAGAUUCAGUGCAACAGCAAUGGAGAGUCCUUCAGGAUGUGCUGGUCAGACAGAAAGGAUGGACUUAAUAGCUUUGAGGAAAGCUUCAUUGAUGGUUUUCAAAUCUGCAUUCAUUGUGCUUAAGUCAGCUGUUCAGCAGGAAGGUUCAUUUUUAUUCCAGAAGCUGUCUUUGUCUUGCAUGAACCUGUGGUGCAGGGAGCUUCUUUCUCUUACUAGUGGUAAUCCUUUUGACAGCAAGUCAUCCAUGCAGAAUUUCAGUGAAACAGAACUCUGUGACUGUGUUAUGACACUGUUUGUUGACCAGGAUGAUGAGCUUGUGGAGUCGAUGUUAGCUCUUCUAUUGAUUUUUCAAGAACUUCACAGGAAUUUUUCAAGCAGUGAAAUUGCCACGAACAUUUUACGACAAUUAAACCCGCACUGGUUAUUUGCUGCUUUCACUGAAUCAGUUCAGUUUGACCCCUCGUUACUUCUCGACCUUCUUAUUUCAUCAGAGACGCGAUUUCUGGAGUAUCUUACAAAAUAUUUACGCUUUGUUGUCAGUGAUUGGGGAGAGUUCACCCAGUCGUUGGCGACUUACAGAAGAAUCGAUGGAGAAGAGGACAAAGCGAUACACGGCGAAUUGGAAAUAUGUGGCCAAAGGCGGAGAGACUGUGAAAAGUCUGAAGAGGAUGUUGUGUCUUUGCUGGACAUUUCUGGCGCGCAGAUGUUAAAAACGUUUCCUUCCUCUCAAAUGGGCGAUGAUCAAAGUUUAAACAACCACAAUUGCAUUGACACAAUUUCUAAGAAUAGUUCAGAAACUCGCUCUGUUGAUCGUCGCUUAGGAACAGAUAACAGUGAUUACAUUGGUGGCUUGAAAAACAUUGUUCAGUCGUAUUGUUCAAGCGGCGAAUCCGAUGUGGAAAUUGAAGGUGAAAGUGAAAGUUCAGAGACAACGGCUGACUGUGUUUUUGAGGGCUUCCACAGCUGCGAACUGCACUCGAUGACCUUUAAUAACAACAGCGCGGAAACAUUUGACUCGUCUGUCGCGAACGCGAAUCAUAUUGAACGUGUUACGGACAAGUCGUGCGAGGUGUUAGAUAAAGUUAUGACCAUGCUGAUUCGAGUCCGCUUGUCGGUAGGGAGGCUAACAUCCGGGGGACAUUUUCCGUAUAAUGCUGUACCACUCAUAGCACUCAUGGAAAAUGUCGAGAAGUUUUACGAUGGCUGCUGACCUCGUUGAAGUCAUAGCUCCUUUUAGUACAUCAAAGUAUCAGCAUUGUGGCUCUGAUAAAUUAGGCUUCCGACUGAAAUUUCAAGUAAAGAGACUCAAAGAUAGAGUCCGAUGUCGAAAGAUUGUAACUGUAUGACCUCAGAAGUGCCCUUUGUAAUUUGCCAAGCGAUCGCCGGCCAAAAAUCCAGAAGACGAUGACCGCUCUUUCAUUCGGCGAAUUUCGCGGCGGCUGACGCUUAUCGACAACCCAUGCGCAAAAUAUGUAUCCAACUGAGUACGAAAGCGGUUAUUUUUAUUCAACUUACUUCAAUUAAACCAGGGUUUGAGUUUCUUAGCGAGUCUUUUCAUUUCACAGUGGCUAUCCUUACAAUAUCCAUGGAUUAAUUGUGACGUGCUACUAAGACAUGCAUUAUAAAUAGGGACAGACCAGAAGAAGGAGACACCUCUAACUGCAUGAUUUUUUUUUUUUUUUAAUCAAGGUUUCUAUGCGUACUAUCAUGACUUCUCCAGUAAUCCAAGGAGGGCACCAUAUGCGCUGCUAAGAUUCCCGAGAACAUUUUUCCGUAAGUUAAACAACAAACCACCAUCAAUGUCCCUAGUUUCUGUGCAACUCACACCAAGCUGAUACAGUAUAACGAAAAUAACUAAUAAUAAUGUUUAAUACUUCUAUAGCGCCUUUUACAUGCACAUAUGAUCAAAAGCGCUUUACAAAAUACAAAAUCGCCUAUAGUAUAAUAAAUUACAUAAAUAAAAAAGUAUCUCAACUAACUAAACUAUUUACAUUAUAAGUACAUGAGACUAAUUAGAGCAGUGAACUAGCCUAGGUGCAUCUGCCAAAAUGUACUCUUUGUUUCAAACCAAACGUGUAUGAAAAAGUAGCACCGGUUUUUCUUCAUUUCUUGCUCAAAAAUAGGAAUCACCAAAAAUAAGGUUUUUAGCAAUUUUACUAAAACAAACUGGUUUAUUAGAUUUUAAAAUCAAAUCAAUCGAUGAGGAAAACGAUUGUUGCGAUUGGGAUCACUUUCUAAAUUGGUGGCUUAAUAUUCGGAAAACUUUCUCAGUCGCUCUGUUCGAAUGAAAAGACUGAUCUGUCGUUAUCUUAAUGUAGAUGAUAAUAAUAUUUAGAUUAAAACGAUUUCCAUGGAAUUACUUCCGUUCUCUA